AUGUCUUUGAACCGGGUCAGUACGAUAGACACGGAGCAGUCUGCAGAGUACUCUGUGGAGUAUUCAGCCCAGGUUUCCAGUGAUCCGGGCCGUGACGCGGGUCGGAGGCGUGAAGUGACCGUGCUCCAGUCCAGCUGCUGCCGCUGCCUGCCGCGCGCAGUGCGCCUCACCUUUACGCCCGAGUCACUGGAACAGCUCUAUCAGAGCUACUUCCGUCGGCAGAGGGAAGAGAACCUGUUGGUGUUGGUGAUCUUUGCCGCUCUUUUCAACAGCUUCAUCAUCAUCAUGUGUGCGGUAGUGUACACUGAGGACAAAGUGCCGAUGGUGGUGGUCGCAGCUGUGGGGCUGGCUGCGGACGUUGUUCUCUACGUGUUGUUCUGGUUGCAGAAGCUCCCUGCAUCACCUGCAUGCCGCAGAGCAGUGCCCUAUAUACUGUGGCUGAUGGUUACCGUGCAUGUUUUAUGUUACAUGGGAAUAAACUACGAACGCUUCCCCCAAGCUAGUGACUCGGUGGGCUGGCAGGCCUUCUUCCUUUUCUCCAGCUUUCUGACUUUGCCGCUGAACCUGUGGGCCCUGCUCCUCCUUGCUACCCUCUCAUGUGGGAUUCACACGCUGGUUCAGGGGAUCACAGUGGCUCGGAAGAUUAACGAUAACGCGCAGGGCCCGAUGCUGGCCAGACAGUUGCUAGCCAACGUGAUGCUGUACCUGUGUGCCACCAUAGUGGGUGUGAUGUCAUACUACAUGGCAGACAGGAAGUACAGGACAGCAUUUUUGGAAGCUCGUCAAUCGCUAGAGGUCAAAUUGACUCUGGAGGAACAAAGUACCCAGCAGGAGGAAUUAUUGCUGUCCAUCCUGCCCAAACACAUCGCUGAUGAGAUGCUGCAGGGCAUGAAGAACCAGGCAAAUCAGAACGAAGGCCGGCAGCAACAGCAGUUCAACACCAUGUACAUGUACCGCCAUGAAAACGUCAGUAUCCUCUUUGCAGACAUUGUGGGCUUCACCCAGUUGUCCUCAGCCUGCAGUGCCCAGGAGCUCGUAAAGCUGCUUAAUGAACUGUUUGCUCGCUUUGAUAAACUGGCAGCAGAACAUCACCAGCUGAGGAUUAAGAUUCUUGGAGACUGUUACUAUUGCAUCUGUGGUCUUCCUGACUUCAGGGAGGAUCAUGCCAUAUGCUCCAUAAAGAUGGGGCUGGCGAUGGUAGAAGCCAUCUCGUACGUGCGAGAAAAGACAAAAACGGAGGUGGACAUGCGCGUGGGCGUUCACACGGGCACUGUGCUCGGAGGAGUACUCGGGCAGAAACGCUGGCAGUUUGAUGUUUGGUCCACAGAUGUCACUGUGGCCAAUAAGAUGGAAUCUGGAGGGAUUCCUGGGAGAGUGCAUAUUUCCCAGACCACCAAAGACAGUCUGCGGACUGGGGAAUUUGAACUGGAGCCAGGGAAUGGUGGAGAGAGGUGUGAGUACCUGCUGGAGAAAGGCAUUGAUACUUACUUGGUUCUAGUACCUAAACAGAAAGCCAAUGGACUCACUGGAAAUAAACCUGGUACACUGACCAGCAGAAAUUCAAAGCAGUUGAUCAACACCACAGUAACCAAUGGGAACGCAGUCUCACAACAGUCCACAUCUGCUCAGUCUAAAAACGAGAGGAAUCAGAGGGGCGAGGAGCAAGCUGUCAACAGACGACUCCAGCAGGAGCUCCUGGAGAGAGAGACUCAACAAAUAAUGAAGGAUCACGAAAUCAACCCCAUUUCUCUGCGUUUUGUGGAUGGAAAGUUGGAGGAACACUACUCCUCAGAGAAGGAGAAGAGGAGCGGAGCGGCCUUCUCCUGCUGCAUGAUUGUACUCCUUUUCAUCACAGCAAUGGAGGUUUUCAUAGACCCACUGUUGUUUGUGAACUAUGUGACUCUCGCAGUAGGACAGGUAUUGCUGUUCAUCCUCACUGUAUGUUCCUUGGCCGCCAUCUUCCCCAGGAUGUUCUCCAAGAGGCUGGUGUCUUUCUCAGUGUGGAUUGAUCACACCCGGUGGGCGAGAAACACGUGGGCCAUGGCAGGCAUAUUUGUUUUAACUAUGGCUGUGAUCGCUGACAUGUUAAGUUGUGUGCCUCCGUCCCUUCGGAUCUUCAACAGCACCUCCGGUCCGGUGUUGGAGUCGCUCGGUGACCGAGGCUGUGCAGAGAAUCCGAAGCACUACAGCUUCAUGGCUGUGAUGUCGCUAAUCGCAACAACCAUGUUGGUGCAAGUGAGCCACCUGAUUAAACUAGGCCUCAUGGUGCUGGUCGUCACAGCAACUGGAGCUGUUAAUAUCUACAGCUGGCGGGACCUCUAUGAUCUGUAUGACUACAUGCGGUUUGCCUCCUACAGAACAUCCAUAGUGCCAUCCAGGUACCUCAUGACAAUGAUGAUAAUUGUCAUGAUGGUAGGCUUUUACUUCUUUGCACGCCACCUGGAGCGUCAGUCCAGGAAACUGUUUCUGUGGAAGAUUGGCGUGCACGAUCAGAAAGAGAGAGUCUUUGAAAUGAGACGCUGGAAUGAAGCGUUGGUCACCAACAUGCUGCCGGAGCAUGUGGCCAAACACUUUCUGGGCACUAAAAAGAGAGACGAGGAGCUGUACAGCCAGUCAUAUGAUGAAAUAGGGGUGAUGUUUGCAUCUAUCCCCAAUUUUUCUGAUUUCUACACUGAAGAGAGCAUCAAUAACGGGGGCAUUGAGUGUCUAAGGAUUCUCAAUGAGAUCAUCUCAGACUUUGACAGUUUAUUAGACAGGGACGAGUUCAGGUGUAUUACUAAAAUCAAGACCAUAGGAAGCACCUACAUGGCUGCGUCAGGCCUCACGCCGGAAAGCAACACAAAUGGAUACAGCAACCACAAGCCAGAGGACCGGUCACUGAUUCAGCACUGGCAGCACCUCGCUGACCUGGCAGACUUUGCCUUGGCCAUGAAAGUCACCCUCAACAACCUCAACAAGCAGUCCUUCAACAACUUUAUGCUACGAAUCGGUCUAAAUAAAGGAGCAGUUCUGGCUGGAGUGAUUGGAGCUCGUAAACCUCACUAUGACAUCUGGGGCAACACAGUCAAUGUGGCAAGCAGGAUGGAGUCAACCGGGGUAAUGGGAAACAUCCAGGUGGUGGAGGACUGCUAUGACAUCCUGAAGGAGUACAGCUUUCGUUUUAUCCGAAGAGGGCCCAUAUAUGUCAAAGGGAAAGGGGAGCUGCUAACCUUUUUUAUGAAAGGCAAAGACAAACCCAAUACCAAAGAUGGUGCGGUAACUACCACCCUUCCACACCAAGUUGGGGACCGUCAGUGA